CCCGAGCUGCCCGGGCACUCUUUGUGUGUCCUCGUGGUGAGGAGGCUUCUCCUGUUGCUCUGUACAAACCUUCCUUGGUUUAGCUUGGGCUUGUUACGUGCCGUCCUCUCGCCGUGCAUCGCUGCUGAAAGCUUGUAAAAACCCAUCGUCAGAACGCCUGUCUUAGAUAUGUUCCCUGAAACUGAAGGAAAAGAAAAAAGAUAGGCCCUUUUAGCUGUACCCUACCACAUCGCCAGCUCUGUUGCAAGCACUCGCUUCUUUCCACACUUCAGAUUUGACGUAAACAACACUACAGAAAGAAAAUGACUCACUGGUUUCAUCGCAACCCUUUGAAGGCUACAGCUCCUGUCCCGUUCAAUUUUUACGGGGUAGCCACCACUCCAGCCGCAGCAAAGAUUUGCAAUGAUUUGAGACUAUCUCGAACACGGCUAUUGGAGCUAUUUACAGACUCGAGUUGCAAUCCAGAAAUGAUGAAGAAUGCAACUGACUUGUACUUCUCACUCUUACAAGGUUUUAUCCUUUCACUGGAUGGCUCUUCCCAAGAAUGCAAGUUGCGAUAUAUUCAGAACUUUAAGUGGACAGACACAUUACAAGGGCAUGUUCCCAGUGCCCAGCAGGAUGCAGUAUUUGAACUGGUUUCCAUGGGUUUUAAUGUAGCUCUGUGGUACACAAAAUAUGCAUCAAGACUUGCUGGAAAAGAAGAUAUAACAGAAGAUGAAGCAAAAGAUGUCCACAGAAGCCUGAAGAUAGCAGCUGGGAUCUUUAAGCAUUUGAAGGAAAGUCAUAUUCCAAAAUUGAUUACACCUGUAGAAAAAGGAAGAGAUUUGGAAGCUCGACUUAUAGACUCUUACAUCAUACAGUGCCAAGCAGAAGCUCAAGAAGUGACAAUUGCUCGGGCUAUUGAACUGAAACACAAUCCAGGUCUAAUAGCUGCUCUUGCUUAUGAAACAGCUAACUUUUACCAAAAAGCUGAUCAAACAUUGUCCAGUUUGGAUCCAGCCUAUGCAGGUAAAUGGAGGAAGUACUUAAACUUGAAGACCUGUUUCUAUAUGGCCUACGCGUACUGUUACCAUGGUCAAACUUUACUGGCCAGUGAUAAAUGUGGGGAAGCAAUUAGAUCUCUCCAAGAAUCAGAGAAAUUUUUUGCCAAGGCUGAAGCAUUGUGCAAAGAAUAUGGAGAAACCAAAGGGCCUGGGACUACUGCCAAACCUUCUGGACAUCUCUUCUUUAGGAAACUAGGAACUUUGAUCAAGAACACACUAGAAAAAUGCCAGAGAGAGAAUGGUUUCAUCUAUUUUCAGAAGGUGCCAGCAGAGGCUCCCCAGCUGGAACUAAAAGCAAACUAUGGCCUAGUAGAGCCUGUUCCUUUUGAAUUUCCUGCACUGAAUGCACACUGGACUCCUGAAACACUUAAUGCAUUUGAUCUCACCAAGAGGCCAAAGGAUGACACUGCUAAACCAAAACCAGAUGAAGAAGUAAAGCCUCUGAAGGAACCAGAUAUAAAGCCUCAAAAAGACAGUGGAUGCCAGAUUUCUUAAGUGUCAUAAGUGCUUUGAAUUCGCUUUAAAACUGUAUUAAUUGGACUCUGGGGCUUUUAGUUCCAAUCUCCCUUUUUCUGGUUCUUCUUUGUUAAUUUAGAAGACUAAUUUAGUUUACUUUUGUUAGUAUACAUCUAUCUUGCUUGAGCAUGUGAUGGAUUUCUAGGAGUUUAUAUCUGACUUAUUUUGGGGUUUAGCGGGAUAUCAUAGAAUGAAUGGGCUUAAAUGUUCAUAUUGUGCCUCUAGAGAGUUUCUUUUUGUGGGUUUAGUUUCUGCCCACAAAUAGCAACGGAAGUAUCAUGAUUGUAAUUUUUAAAGAUUUCCCAUUAAAAUAUAUGCUUAUGAUGUCACAUUCUGCAAACCAAAGUUUGCAGGAACAGUUAUAUUUAUUCACAUUUGUCAUACAGGCUUAGCAUCCAGUUGUGUUCUGGUUCACUUAAAUGUAGUAAGUGAAGAAAAUCUGGGUUUGGUAUUUAACGAUUCUAUGGUAUUUAACAGCACUUUCACAGAACUUGGAAAAUCUUAAGUUCUGCAUAAAUGGAACACAAUUUAUAUUCUCCUGAAACUCUUAGCCUCCAUUCUUUCCUUUCUAGAUUAAGGUUCCUGUAUAAGCAUUUGUAUUGAGUGAAGUACUUUAUCUUGUAUGUCGUUAAGUUAAAAUCCCUUAGUAUUAAAUUGUAUAUGAAAGUGAUGCAGCAGGUAAUAUGGAAGUGCUUGAAAGUUUGAGUUUUAGCAUAGUUUUUGCCAAAAUGGAAUGUGGAGCUAUUUUGCCAAUACAGAUUUUUAAUUCUCUUAAAAAACGUAUUGCAGCUGUAGUCAUCUGCAUUUGCUUAGCCUGCCCCCUUUAAGGAUCAAGCUAAAGUUAACUCAUUUCAUAAUCACGAUUUUUUAGUUGCUCAUUGUUCUUCAGAAUUGUGUAUUUAUGUCAAUACUUACAUCUCAACUUAAUUGAUUUUCUUUCUACACAACUAGAUUCCAUCUUUCCUUCUCCCCUCACUUUCCCUUCCAUCUGCUACGUCCAAGGGCACAGACUUACCUUUGUUUGCUAGUGCACAUGUAGAUGCUGGGACUUGUUUCCAGUGAGGCUUUUGGCUGUGGGUGUAUUUCAGUAUAUAAAUAUCUUAAAUUAAGCAGAUCAUGACUAAAUCAUUCCCAAAAAAUCUUCUUAGGAAAGGUUCUUAUAUGGACUUGUAAUUCUUGAUUCUUUGGACGUUUUCGUGAACCAAGCGGUUUGGUUGAAUCAAGUUCACUGUAAAUAGUUCAGGGCAUAACCAAGUGGAUUGUGUCAGAUUGCGGUAUUACUUAAGCCUAGCUGUGUAACCUCUUAUGCCAUAGCUGUUUCGGUAAAUAUGAUGUAGUAGUUUAAAAAUAGACUAAUGGAACAAACUAAUUCACUUAACAUGUGUUGCUUUUCAAGACAAACUUUGUUUAUUCGUAGUUAAAAUCCUGUGGCAAACACUGGAUUGUUUUGCCCAAGAAACUGGAGACUGUUUUGUGUGCAAAGCAUAGAGUGCCGUCAGUCAACGAACAGUUCUCUCUUUGGUUUUGUUGGGUAGCGGCAAGAAUUACUGUAAAUAUUAUUUAGAUUGCCUUUGCAAUAUGCUCAAGAAUAUAGAUGAAUUGACUGGAAGUUUCGGUUAAUCUGGAAGCCUAACAACCAUGUUCCUUCCAUUAUGAUUUCUUUUUGUAAUUCUUAAGAAUGACGUAUUUUGAAUGGUGACUUUUUAAUAUUCUUUUGCUGCAAGAGCCUGUUUUUUCUGGCACUGGUUUUAGAGGCUCUCAAGGCUGAAUCUGCAAAUGUUGUUGGUGUAAAUAGUCUUUAAAAACUUGUGCUCAGUCUGAAUACUGAGCACUAGGCCCUCUAUUUUGUGCUUUUAAAAUGUACUGAUAGUCUUUAAUCUUCCAUAAAGUAAACUAUUAAGUUCUUUGUAAGAUUUGUAUUUAAAUACUUUUAAUACGCUUCUUCCAUGUUUCAUGUUUCUGGGUUUACAGUAGUUAAUCUCCACCCACCACGUGACACUCCUGGAACUGAAGGACUAAAUUUGGCCCUAGGAUGCUGAUGCCUGCCUCCCACUGGCUUUGGUAGAGGAGUUUUGCCUGUCAGCCUAAGGAUAAUAUUUGGUCACCUGACUAUUUAGCAUGAAUAUGUGGCGUGCCUGUAAUGAUGGUACUGGUUCAUAGUGUAAGCAAGAAAACAUACCCGUAUCCGUGUAGAAUGCAGCCACCUUAGCACUUGAGAAUUUCCAGUCUUGCAAUUUUCAUACGAUAUGAUUGUAAAUAUUUCUUUCUGUCCUUUUAAUUUGGUUGCACUGAUUUCAUUAUUGUGCUAUUGGUAAGAUUUUUAUGGGAAACAUUACUAAAAUGUAUUUUUAAUUGUCUAUGAAUAAAAUAAACUCAUGAAGCAUUUCUCUUCAGGAAAUGUGAGAAGAGCCAGUAAUUUGUCUGUUUUCCAUGUGAGUUCAGAGAAGUUAAAUUUCUCAGUAUUGGCUGAGGGAUGAUGUGUUACUCUGUACCUGCACCUAGUAUCUAACUAGUAUCUAAAUUGAAGUUUCAGCAUUAACGUAAAUCCUGUUCAUGCCUAUUAUUUAUUCCUGAAACACACAAACAGAAGAAAUUGUCUUUUAAAGGUCAUUGCCAAAUUAUUACUGCAAUAGGAUCUGGUGGGUGUUAUUGUUUUUAAGUAUAGCCCAGUUGAGUGAGGAAUAAAAUGCAGUAUCAAUUGUCUGGCACAGAAAAGGCCCUGUAGUGGGUAUCUGUCUCCAGAUUUUGAGUGUGCAGCACGUUGGCCUUUCCACAUUGACGUUUGGAUUUGUUCAGAUCGUUUUCUGCUGGCGAUGCUCUCAAAUCGAACAAGUGUCACAUGGCAGCUGAGGGCCCCUUGAUCAGCUUUUCAUGUAUCAAGUCCUAACUUCGUUGGUGUUGGUGUCUUUGUGGAUUGCAGCCUAUCUGAAGCAAGCCUGUACUCUGAUUAAUUAAACUUCAAUGGAAUCAGAUACAAUGAGGUUGACCAAGCAGCUCUGUUUUAUGAAGACAGUCACCAUGCGAUCUUAACGUUCAUAGUUUGAGAAUUUGUAUAUAACCACAAGUUUCAGAAUAUCAUUUAAGAUAAACAAUCUGAAUGUGUCAGUUGUUGCUUCAUCAUUUAAAAUAUUAAGUAUAAUAGCAAGAAACCGAAUCUAUCAUGAAUGUUACUUUUUCUGGUUUAAUACAAAUGUAAUAAUUACAGAGAAUGUUUUAUCCCUGUUGUAUAGCCACAGGAAGACUUAAGUAAGCAAGGUACUUUUGUGAAUUGGGUGCGUGUAGAAGUAGUAGCUACAAUGAAACACUACAAGACAGGUGGUAGGAAGAGGGGCAGAGGUUCUCUUUAUCUAAAAAAGAGAAGUCAUUAAGCAUGAUUUGGUAUGCCUAUACAAAGUUCCAGCGCUCGCAAAGGUAUGUGAUGUUGUAGGAUAUUCUAUAUGCUACGUGAAGGAACUUUCAUAUGUGCAGAUUGCUGCACAAUUCUUUACAUUGCCAGCAGGUGGCAAAUAAAUUUAUAAGGAACACAUUUUUUCAUUCUCAGAGGCAUGGCUGGCUCUUUCAUUUCCUAGUGUAAAUUCAUGCUAAUGCCCUUUAGCCACUGAGGAUCUAGCUCAGCUUCUAGAAGAAAAACAUAGCCUAAGGAGGUAAAAUGCUAACUAUUUCUUCCACGUGUGGUGUACUUGACAACCUGCAAGUACAACUCUUACCACGUUUUUUCAAGAGUAGCAAUUUAUGUAUGCCUUUGUGCUGUUUUUUUUUUUUAUUUAUUUCUAUUCCUACCCACCCCCUUGGUCUGCUCUCCCUUUUACCUGUUCUUAACCUCAUGCAAAGUUUGCAAAUAGUCAGGACCUGCCCACAGUUCAAAUACAAGCAGUUCUUGCAUCCUGUAGCUUUAGGGUUGGGUUUCCUGAUUUCCCGCUGGCUCUGCACUGCUGCUAAUGCUACAAGGCAGGUUUUUAAGUGAGCAGAUUCUGUGUGAAAACACUAAACAUACUGAGUCUAGUGUCUCUUAUUUAUUUGUCCUGGGAAAUACUACUCUCCUGCAUCUAUUUUUAUGUCAUGGGGUGUCCCCAGAAAUUUUUACAGGUGGGUUUCCUUUUUAAUUUGUUGAUGCUAAGUAUUUUUCAAAAACGCAUGUUUGACCUUUUGUAGCUUUUGAAGCUUUGUAAAGUGACUCAACACUGAAUUUUUAGUGUAAAGAGAUCUGGGACAUAACUCUUGUAAAAAGCACAGCAGUACCAACCUCAUUGCCUAAUUUGUUUAUUGUUGUAAAUUUUGUACUUUUUCUUCUUCACCUUCCCUCCAGUAAACAAGUUGCAUGUAUAAACAGUGAAAAAUAAUUUUUUUUCCCUAGCUGGCUUACAGACAGAGAAAUGUAAAUAAAUAAUAACUGCACAAAAA